AUGGUAGGCAAAAAGAGUGGGAAGGCACUCCUGCGGGAGGAGGGCCUGGAGAGAACUGACAAUAACAUGGACCUGACUUCAUGGCCAGCGAUCAUUCCUAUCAAUCAGAAGAACUACUACACAGACUACCUCAAGCGCGAUGAACAGAUACUUGCAGUCAGAUCACAGCAGGAGGAGGCCCGUAAUAAAAUGAUCAAACAAGCAAAAGACAGGGACAGAGCGUUGGCACAAGGCAAGACCGUCGGCCCGGAUGGUGACAUUGAAAUGGACGACGGUGAUGAAGAAAAUGAGGACGAGGCUUCGAGCGGGGCCAAAACUAUCGUCAUCCACAUCGGAUCUCAGAACCUGCGAGUUGGUCUUGCGAAUGAUGCCCUUCCUAAGACCGUUCCCAUGGUAGUUGCACGUCGGGCAGAAAUGUCGGAAAGCGAACUUGAUAACGGAGAACCGGCGCCGAAGAGAGCAAAGUUGAGCAAUGGUCUCCCACCUCAUGAGCCGGAGAAGCGCUUCGGCGAAGAAUUCGCGAAGAAAUUUGCGGGAAUGUCUAACGAUCUCAAGGUCAGAAUGAGGAUGAACAAACGAAAGGUCUUGCCACAGUCGCGAGAUAUGGUUACAAGCUACAAUCGAAGGAACACCUAUGAGUCCAUCACCGAUUUCAACGACACGAUGCGUAUCGAAUGGACAGACACGUCACAGAAGCCACAAUAUAUCACUGGCAAAGCUGCGCUCCGGAUUCCUGAACUGUCUGAACCAAGGUACAAGCUCUUCUGGCCUAUCCGAAAUGGAUGGAUCAACGAGCAAGAUUAUACCUCAAAACGGUUUGUGUACGAAGAUAUCAGGAUAAUUAUCGAAGAGGCCAUCAACAACCAACUCGAACUUAACAUUCGGACCAGAGAAGAGUGGGGCCAGUAUAGUUGUGUGAUUGUUAUCCCCGAUUACUACGAGAGGACGUAUGUCACCAGUCUGCUCGACAUGGCGAUCACCGAGUUCGGAUUUGCUCGAGUCUGCUUCAUCCAGGAAAGUCUAGCAGCAUCCUUUGGUGCUGGUUUUACGGUUGCUUGUGUUGUGGAUAUCGGUGCGCAGAAGACAUCUAUAUCUUGUGUGGAGGACGGAAUGGUAAUCGACAAUUCGCGAGUUAACCUCAAAUAUGGCGGUGCAGACAUCACCGAAGCAUUUGUGAAAAUGACCAUAUAUAAUCAUUUUCCAUAUGCAGAGAUCAACUUGAAUCGGAGAUACGAUAUUCAGCUGGCCGAGGAGUUGAAGCAGAAAUUCUGUACUAUGACUGAAGCUGACGUCUCAGUCCAACUCUAUGACUUCCAUCUACGGGCACCUGAUCAGGAAACACGCAAAUACACAUUUAAGAUCUACGAUGAGGUCAUCCUCGCACCUAUGGGACUGUUCAAGCCCACCAUUUUGGAUAACUCUGGAAAGCUGAAUGGACGUCGAAAACUCGUGGAAAAAUCGUACGACAUCUACGACAACAAACCUAAUGACCCAAGCUCAACAGCCCAAGCCGAGAUCCUGACUGCUAUCGCUCCUGAGGAAGUUCUUACCUCAACGGCCAAGCCCACGACAAAGCCAAAUGUGACCACCAAUGGUAUCACCAAUGGCUCAAAGGAGGAGUCUUUCAACGACUCACGUCGCCCUUCUUUCAGUAAUAUCAAAGAAAUGGAUGCUACGCCCCAACCUUCUGCAGCCAGCUCCCCAGCGCGGCAGAUCGACGGAACCCCUCAGCCAGACGAGAAUGAGGGUGCUGCACCAGGGCACGAGAAGCUUAAGGUCGAAGAAGAGGAAGAAGAGCCUGUCUCAAUUGAGCGACGCGACGAUGUUCUCCCUAUUUACCCCUUACAUAACGCCAUCGUUACGUCGAUUACUCACGCAGCACGUGGUUCGGCAUCCAAGACUGGGGAUCUGCUAGGUGGGAUCAUGUUGACAGGAGGAACCAGCAUAAUUCCAGGCCUGGGACAGCACCUCGAGGACUCGUUGCGAGGGGUCCUCCCAGGCUACAGCAAGGAUAUUGUGGUUGGACGGCCUCCAAGGGAACUCGAUCCACAGGUUGUUGCGUGGAAGGGUGGAGCGGUCUUUGGCAGGAUGUCGAGGACCAAUGAUAGCUGGGUCAAUUCAUUCUUGUACGAGCGAUUGGGCGAGAGAGUACUGGCACACAAAUUGAUGUGGGCGUGGUGA